UUCGCGCUUUUAUCUAGCAACAAGGACCUGCAGUCCGACAGCGCACACGCAGCUUUGGAGGCCAUUAAGUACGUAAAAUUACCCAGCAGCCCUGCGCGCCUCGGUUGUCUUGCAAGUCUUUCCGGGUCGGUUUGCUACCGCCAUGGGGAAGGUAAAUGUGGCCAAACUGCGCUACCUGAGCCGAGAAGACUUCAGGGUCUUGACUGCGGUUGAAAUGGGCAUGAAGAACCAUGAAAUAGUUCCGUGCAGUUUGAUUGCUUCUAUUGCAAGCUUGAAACAUGGUGGCUGUAAUAAAAUUUUAAGAGAAUUAGUGAAACAUAAACUCAUAGCUUGGGAGCGUACCAAAACUGUCCAGGGAUAUCGGCUGACAAAUGCAGGCUAUGAUUACCUAGCUUUGAAAACACUUUCUUCUAGACAGGUAGUUGAAUCUGUUGGAAACCAGAUGGGUGUUGGCAAAGAAUCUGAUAUUUACAUUGUCGCAAAUGAAGAAGGACAGCAAUUUGCAUUAAAGCUUCACAGACUAGGAAGAACCUCCUUCCGAAAUCUGAAAAACAAGCGUGAUUACCAUAAACACAGGCAUAAUGUUUCUUGGCUUUAUUUAUCUCGUCUCUCUGCCAUGAAAGAAUUUGCUUAUAUGAAGGCAUUACAUGAUAGAAAAUUUCCAGUUCCAAAGCCAGUUGAUUACAAUCGUCAUGCAGUGGUCAUGGAGCUCAUAAGUGGUUAUCCUCUAUGCCAGAUACACCAUGUUGAAGAUCCUGCAUCUGUGUAUGAUGAAGCGAUGGAACUCAUUGUCAAACUUGCAAAUCACGGAUUGAUUCAUGGAGAUUUCAAUGAAUUCAAUCUCAUACUGGAUAAAGAUGACCAUAUCACCAUGAUUGAUUUUCCACAGAUGGUUUCAACGUCCCAUCCCAAUGCUGAAUGGUAUUUUGACAGAGAUGUUAAAUGCAUCAGAGAUUUCUUCAUGAGACGUUUUGGCUAUGAAAGUGAGCUUUAUCCAGCCUUCAGUGAUAUCAGGAGGGAGGGUUCUCUUGAUGUCGAGGUUUCUGCCAGUGGUUACACAAAGGAAAUGCAAGAAGAUGAUGAGCUGCUACAGCCACUGGGCCCAGAUGAUAAGAAUACUGAAAGAGAGGAGGGAUCUGCUUUCUCCCUUUCUGAAGAUGAGCUGUCAGAGAAAGCAAAGGUUUGUAGCUCAGAAGCUGAAAACAAGCAGGAUACCAUGGGUGACUCGGGGUGCUGCUGCAGCUCAUCUGCAGACCUUGAGCAGAUGAAAGGAGACAGUUCAGAAGAGAGUGCUCCUGCACACAGUUUUGAAAUGCCGGAAUUCAGUCAACCCUUAGAAGAAAUAAAAGGGCAGAUGGUUGAAAACCGCUGUACAGCCAAGUUUUCUGAGGAGAAUAGGACUGAAAAUGACACCGAACAAGAAGACCAGACAAGUCAAGGAGGAACCCCUGCUGGCUCUGAGGAGGAGGAAGAUGACUGCCCUUGCCUCGUUAGCGGAUCGCCAUUAAACAGAGAGCCCAGGCCUUUCAGAGAUGAAGAAAAUAUGGGAAAUGUUAAUCAGUCUAGAACAAGAACUCUGAGUGUUACUUCUGCAGGCAGUGCUGUAAGCUGUUCGACGAUUCCUCCAGAAUUGAUAAAACAGAAGGUGAAACGCCAGUUGACAAAACAGCAAAAGUCAGCCAUCAGACGUCGGCUACAGAAAGGAGAAGCAAACAUAUUUACUAAGCAACGAAGAGAAAACAUGCAAAAUAUUAAAUCAAGUUUGGAAGCAGCCAGCUUUUGGGGAUAAUAAUACAUUGUUUAAGAUACUGGAUAUUUCUAUUACAUAUUUUUUCAAAUUACUGUGACUGUUGAGCACCUUAGGUCUUUGUUGGACCAGUUCUAGUGUAUUAGUAGGUAAAUAAACCUAUUUUUCACUAUAAA